GAAAGAAAUCGGAGCGGCGGACAUAGUAACGCGCCGGGUGCGGGGCCCUCUUCAGCUGCCGCCGCCGCCGCUUCUCUUCCCCCCGUCCUUACUCUCUGGGAGCCUUUCUCCCGCUGCCGAUUUUCUUCCGUGCCUUCGUCGUCCUCUUGUGCUGUGAUGCCUCCCAAUCUCAGCGGCUAUUAUCGCUUCGUGUCUCAGGACAAUAUGGAGAACUAUCUCCGUGCCUUGGAUAUCAAUGUUGCUCUGAGGAAACUGGUUUGUCUCCUGAAGCCAGACAAAGAGAUCAUUCACACUGGUGACCAUAUGACUAUUCGCACCUUAACUUCUCUGCGGAACUACGUGAUGGACUUCGACCUUGGGGUUGAGUUUGAAGAGGAUCUGGGGCCAGUAGAUGGACGCAAGUGCCAGACAACGGUUUACUGGGAUGGAGAUCAGCUGGUGUGUGAACAGCGAGGAGAGAAAUCAAAUCGGGGCUGGAAGCACUGGCUAGAAGGAGAUAAACUACAUCUGCGCAUGACAGCAGAGAAUGAGGUUUGUGUCCAGGUUUUCCAGAAAGUGAAGUGACUUCAGAGAUCAUGCCUACCUGGUGUGACAUGCUAUCUUCUGGAUGGACCUGGCACUGGAGACCAAACCAGAUGCAGAAUCAAGCAAACUGUUCAUAUAUUUUCCUAACCUUUCAUCUUUGGAUUAAAACAAUACAGAUGACCA